AUGGCGCGGCCUUCGCUGCUGUCUGCUGUGGAGUCAACAGCCCUAAUAAACAACUACUGCAGCGAACACCACCAAGGCAAGCUCGUUUGUACAAUUGAUUCACGAAAAGGCCGCACUCUGCGCGCCACCCGACCAUUUCAAGUCGGGGAACUCAUCCUGCAGGAGCCUCCACUGCAUGCAGUCCGCCUCGAUCCCGAAAAUGCCGCAUGCACCAAGUUGAUGCAACUCUGUGAGCAGCGCUCGUUCACACAUCCAGCGAUUUGGUACUGGUGCGCUCUGAAUUCAGUUUUGGUAGAAGGCCGAGAUCUGCCUGUUGAGGGCUUGCAGGCGAUAACACGCCGCCAGUAUGACCUUCUGCGUAUUCUCUUUAUACCCGAGGCGGUGAAGACAAGCUCUGAAGCGGUUACUCUUGUUGACUGCAUGGGCUUGCGAGGGAUCGUUGAGGACAUUGACAUGGAAAUAAUGAUUCAAGUGAGCUGCCUUAGGAUAACGAAGCAAGUUGCGUGCAUAUUCAAAGGGGCCGGGGGGGGGUGGGCUAAUGGCACCAUCUGUGAUAGUGCUGUGCAGGUGUGGCUGCACAACUGCUUUGAGCACCACCAGUCGCCUGAAGGCUACGCGAUCUAUUUUAUGCCUUCUUUCUGUUCUCACUCGUGCCUUCCCAACGCCCUCUGGUGUACGGACAACGACUCGAACUUCCGCUUCUUCCCCCGCUCCACCAUACGAGCGGGAGAUGAAGUGACGCUGACGUACUUAUCAGAAGAUGACAUGCUGCGCAAUACCGCACACCGGCGGCAACUGCUUGAAGGUGCAAAGGACUUCAAGUGUAUGUGUGAACGCGCGGAUGAGACAGGGACGGAGGAGGCGUUUGAAGGGGCUCUGCUGAAUGCGCAGAAGGCGGCUUCACAGAUUCCCGAGGAGCAGGGGUUCAGGCCAGACAGCAGCAGCACCUCAGACUCUCCCAUUCCAGAUGAAAGAGCUCCCGACACAUGGAGGCAACCGCUGGCCCCGCAGCAACUGUACCCUGAGACUGCGCGGGGUUCAGGCGAAGUGUAUGGAUGUAAACAGGCAGCAGUGGCCGCAAGCAGCAUGAACCUGCAUACAAUAUGGGCUCGGCUGUUAACUCAGUUGCGCGAAGAUACGCCGCAUGGGCACGAAUCAAGUGCUGCGUCUGCAGUCGCUGGUGGGGCAGCUGCUGCUCCCGUGGCUUCUUCAUUUUUUAAACAAACGAGCGGUCUUGCCUCGGCCCAAGUUGCAGUGCAGGUUCUGCAGGCCCCGCGGAGUGGUACAUGCUGCUUCUGCCGCACUAUGUGGACAGCCAGCCAACGACGGCGAGCCUUGGCCGUAGAAACGCUCCUUGAGGUUGUCUUCAACAGUUUAGACAACCCUGAGUCGGAGUUGCGCGAUGGUUCAGACCACUCCCCCGCAAAUAGCCUGUCGAGUGUGGCAGGCUGUUCAGACAGGCAGAGUCAUGAGGGCUGUACUAAUAGUAUUGACUCAGAUGCCGGCGCCUACGAGUUGCUGCAGCGGCUUGAAGUACAUGAACUGCUGCGCAUCAUGAAGAGAAAAUGGCACUUGCUGGAAAAGAACGAAAGACGCGUCGUUGACGCCAUCAUCAAACUCACAUUCAGCACGCACUGUUCUUACAACGAGUCUGUGUUUAUUUUGACAAUUCUCUUUGGGGCCGACGGAUCUUUCCCCUCCUCCAUCGUCAAUAACUACUCGGAUGCUGUGAAUGAAUGCUUGGGAAGGGUGGCAGGGCAGACGGCCCCCAUAUUGCCCAAAACAACAGAAUCUUUUGGAGGCCGCCACGAAAGUCAUUCCGUGGGAAUGGAGCUUAAGCAGCCCAUUCAACUCCCUAAAGCAUGGCCUUGGUACAUCAGUUCGUGUGCAGAGAUUGCUGUCGCCACCUCUGCAGGGACGUAUCUGAUUCCUGGCAGGUGA